CCUGAAAAGCAUUGGUGUCUGUCUUUCUUGAAGUGCCAUAAGAGAAUCUUUCUCUGGUCCAGCGACUGGUCUUCAAUGUAACCUCACGUGCAGCAUGCUGUAGUUUUUUGUUCUCUUUUGCUUUUAUUUUAUUCAUUUCUUCUUAUGAUUUCACCUCUUUCUUUCAUGGCGGAUUACAUGAUAAAAGGGAGACUUUGUUUGAGCCUUUUGAAUGCCUACCCUCUUUCAUCUUCCAUUUCAGAUUCCCUUUUAUUCUGUCUUUUCAAUCAUGGCGUUAGAGGCUGUAGUUUACCCCCAAGACCCGUUUACUAGUUACAUUUCCGACGAUUUCUCCACCGUGGGUGGCGGGUCCUACGGCGGUGGGAGCUACGACUUCUGUUUAAAGAAUGAAGAUAAAGCUUUUCUGGGAAAUUUUGACAACAGUGCAAAUUGGGACUCUUCCUCCACUAAAUCAAUCAUGCAACAUGCAAAGGAUCAAUGGGAUCCUUAUUCUUCUCCCGAAACUUGCACCGUUGAUCUAUCUCUCCCUGCAGCUGGAAUAAUAUUCCCUCCGGUAUCAGCAACAGCGACGACGACGAUUAAUCGACGGAAACGCCAACGAACAGGGAGCAGCAAGAACAAAGAAGAGCUAGAGAAUCAGAGAAUGACUCAUAUUACAGUUGAACGUAAUCGCCGGAAACAAAUGAAUGAGUACCUGUCUGUGCUCAAAUCCUUGAUGCCAUCUUCUUAUGUUCAAAGGGGCGAUCAAGCAUCGAUAAUCGGCGGAGCCAUCGAUUUCGUUAAGGAAUUAGAGCAGCAGUUGCAUUCCAUGGAAGCUGAAAAGAGGACGACAACUCAACAACAACCAGAACACAAUGGCUGUCAUUCUUUGCCGUUUGCCGACUUCUUCUCCUUCCCACAAUUCUCGGCCACCGAAGCCGCAGCCACGGUGGAAAGCAUGGCGGAGAUAGAAGUGACAAUGGCGGAGACACAUGCAAAUGUGAAGAUACUGUCGAAGAAACGACCCAGACAGCUUCUGAAACUGGUUGCUGGAUUACAAGGCCUACGGCUCGCCGUUCUCCACCUCAACGUGACGACGAUGAACGAAAUGUGUUUGUAUUCGAUUAGUGUGAAGGUGGAGGAAGGUUGCCAUUUGAACACUGUGGAUGAAAUUGCUGCAGCUGUUAAUCAAAUGCUACGAAGAAUCCAAGAAGAAGCUGCUUUUUAGCUAAAUUGGGAUGGAUUAAUUUUAUGGCUCCUUUGCCAUCAAACU